ACAGGUGGGCGGGACUUCCGGUUGCAAGGACCCGGAAGAUUCGCUGCCUGCAUCCAUAUGCCCGCUACUUGUAACAUAUUAAUGUAAUUUAGACAGUUUUCUACUGUGUAGUAUUAGCAAACAUGUUAUCUUUAGACUUUUUCGACGACGUCCGACGCAUGAAUAAGCGUCAGUUGUAUUACCAGGUUUUGAACUUCGGUAUGAUUGUGUCUUCUGCGCUGAUGAUCUGGAAAGGACUGAUGGUUGUCACUGGCAGCGAAAGCCCUAUUGUUGUUGUCCUCAGUGGGAGUAUGGAACCAGCUUUUCACAGAGGGGAUCUUCUGUUUUUGACCAAUCGAGUGGAGGACCCCAUCAGAGUUGGAGAGAUUGUUGUCUUCAGGAUAGAAGGCAGAGAGAUCCCAAUAGUACACAGAGUGCUGAAGAUCCAUGAAAAGGAAAAUGGUGACAUUAAGUUCUUGACCAAAGGAGACAACAAUGCAGUCGAUGAUAGAGGAUUGUACAAGCAGGGCCAACAUUGGCUGGAGAAAAAGGAUGUGGUGGGACGAGCGAGGGGGUUUGUGCCAUAUAUUGGGAUUGUCACCAUCCUCAUGAAUGAUUACCCGAAGUUCAAAUAUGCUGUGCUCUUCAUGCUGGGUCUUUUCGUUUUGGUCCACCGGGAGUGAGACAAUCAGCACUGAAGAUGGCUAUAAACUGCGUCCAGAAAACCUCAGUCAUGCCUUUCAAACCAGAUUUACUUUUUCAAAACCAACAUAAUUGUUCUUUUUUUUUUUUUUUUUUUACCAUUUGUUAAUUAUUUUUUUUUGUAGAAACAUGGUUAGUCUUUGCAUUCUCAAAAGUCCAAAUAUUUUUGUGAUAAUAUAGUUAAAGUUCACUUUAGUAUGUUAUCUUCAAAAGGUGAAAUGGCAUUCUUAAAAAUAAAUCAGCUUUUGUGAAUUUCCUAUUCAUUUAUUGUGUCUGGAAGUGUAUUGUGGCAACUGAAAAUUAACUUAAUAUGUUAUCUGGUUAGCAUAAUUUUGUAGUUACAUAAACUGUUGUAUUUUGUUUGGCCCCUCACAACAGGACCAAUUUUUUUAUUAAUGUAAACGGUUCAUCCUUUUUGGAAAGAAAAAAAAAACUUCAUUUUGAUUUGUAGAUUUAUGACGAUAUGUUUAACAAACCUUUUUACAAGUCUGUAUUGGAAAUGAAAAUAGUGUAUGUCAUCACUGAGAGACCUACAUUAAAAUAAACGUUUCAAAGUUCUUGGUAAAA